CUCCGCUUGGUCGAAUUACCCACAAAGGAACUCACUGCAGGGUCUCCCGACCCCACCCCGACGAGAUACUGCUCUUUCCCUUUCCGUCUCCUGGACGGUGGCGGCUGCUGCCACCAUGCUGAGGCGCGAUGUCAAAAUUGCGGGAGAAGCGAGGGUCAUCAGGCACAGAUGGCGCACGCACCCCAGGGGCUAUCACCUGACCUCCAUGCUGCUGAAGAAGGGCACUGAGACUGCGGCUACCAAGGCAAUAGGCUCUGUGGUGGAUAACCUCUAGGGCGUUGCACGUAUGGCCCGAGAGCAUGUUGAUGACCUCCAAGAACGGGCUACUAAACGUCGCAAGAAGAAACCGGAAGGAGCCGCCACCAGAUCUGCUGCCGCUGCUGCGGUGGCUGCUGCUGCUGCCGAACGAGGUCCAAGGUUAGGAGCCGAUGCACGUCUCGCUCGCUCGGAUCCGCUUGAGGCGCAUCUUUUCAGCGGACCGAGGAGAAGCCCACAACCCACAACGACUCCUCCACGACAACGGCAAACGGCUAUCGACGGGCACCGCGACGGGGUGAAGCAGAGCGUGUUAGAGGAUGAUGUGUUGAAGGAGGAGCUGAGGGAGUUGCUGCGUGUCGGAGAACUUGGAGAGGCAGCGGCGACGAAGGCUGCUGUCGAUGCGGAGAACACUCGCGCACUGGUCGCCUCUAUAGAGGCGCUGAAGCAACACUCCCACAGCAACAUCGGCCGCACUGCCUACAACACCGUCAUUGCCGCAGCUGCCGGAGCGCAGCACACGUGCGAUCCUGAUGACCCUUGCACCCCGGAUGAGCCGUGCGCACCUGCUGAGCCGCAUGGUGCCGUCAGCCUUACCGCGCGAGCACAGAGUCUCGGUGUGAGAGAUGCCACGUUCCGUGCAGCGCGUACCCGGAUGCACAGGACUGACCACACCAUACCUCCACAGGAAGCUUUGGAGAAGGGGAGAUACCUCUGGGCUCCUCGCAAGGAAAGGAGCGACAAGAUGGACGAACGUGUCAUGGGUUUGGCGAGGAGGUUCUGGCACUCAGACGAUAUUUCUCGUGCGUCGGGAGACUCCGGGACGAAAGCUAUGUGGAGGCCGUCCAAGAAGGCAGGGGAGGAGUAUCACCCCCGUAGGCAGCUCAUGGUCGCGGGGGACCAAGUAUGGCACAAGUUUCUGAAGUGGCCGGAGUACUUGGGGCUUAAGGCGGAGCUGCUGAGGGAAGACAACAGCUUCACGGACCCUGGGCGGACGCUGUUCCUCUCGACGCGGUGUGGGUGCUUAGUGGAACCCAAGGUAUCGCAGUGUGCAUGCCAGAUCCACACGCAGCAGGGGCUGUACCUGAAGGCCUUCGAGAUGUUGAUGCCUGCAAUACAUGCCAACUGUGACUGCACGUGCAAGUGGUGCGACGGGGGGAGUGGGUGUGGAAAGUGGAUGGCCAUGUGUAAAGAUCUGCACAGCUUUUCUGAGGCUUUGGCUUGCGAGAAGGUAGACUUUCUUGAGGAGGACCGAGGGGGUAGGUUUGAGCACUGGGGGAGGAAGCCCGCAUGCGUUGCGAUGGAAUGUUCCGAAUGCGGGUUUGGCAACCCAGGCGGCAUCCCCAUGAACUGCGAUGCCCUGGGGUCUAUGGCGGACAGAGUAGUCGGGUGGCUUCGGUUCGCGGAUCAAGUCAUGGAGGAUGGGAAAGUGCACAAGAAGCAGCAGCUACCCCAGGGCGGAAAACUGGGUGACCUGUGGCAGGAGUUUGUGGAGCACUCCAAGAAGUAUCUUCAUCACCAUGAGCUAGCAAAGUGGCAGCGCCAAGCCCACAACAUGUGCCUGGCGACGUUCUCCAAAGGCGAGCUGUUGGUGGAGACCGACUUUAUCGAGAAGUACAAGCACGAGGCUGGCGCUAUCUUGACGUGCGCUACUGCGCCCUCCACGACCAUGAUGGUGGCCCUAGUUCACCACAGUCCUGACGACAACGGCCGGCAUGAGACAGACGCAUGGGUUUUCGUAUCGAGUGAUCCCAAUCAUGACUUCGACUUCCACAUCUACGCCAUGGACAUCAUCCUUCAGUACUACAUCACGGGGGAUGGGCGGGCCGCUACUGCUGGAACCCCGACCCCGACGGUGCACAUCUUCACCGACGGGUGCGCCAAACAGUACAAGGGGAAGCGCAACUUUCAUGCCGUAGCCAAGAGCUUGCACAGGCUUGGUGCCAUCCUCAUCCACAACUUCGCGGUCACGUCGCACUUCAAAGGCGCCCACGAUGGCAUCGGAGGGUUGCUGAAGGCUCUACUGCGAGAAGCGGAGAAAAGGGGCCAGCGCAUCCACGACACCGAAGCCGCAGCCGACUUCCUCAAAGCCUACGCCGAGGCAAAGGAGGAUGGAGGAGGCCACUUUUCAACCUGGUCUCCCUACCGAAUCAGGAGGUUCCACAUCAAGCUUCUUGGACACCGAGAGAUCCCUCGCCCGUUUGUAGAUUUGACCGGCAUCUCUGGGAGUUCCAAGCUGUACCAGUUCAUGGGAGCGGAGGUCCAGGAGGAGGAAAGCUCGGGCGUGAGCGUAGAGGUGCAGAAAGAGAGCGGGGUUCCUCCCCUCGUAGGUGGCGAGAACGAGGUUGUAGUUAACCCGCUGAGAUGGCAGGCAGACGAAUCAAUCGUUCUGACGGUUCCGGCUGUCACGAAGCGAUACAAGCUGCGCGUUCGCCAGGCGUCGUGCUACUGCUCGAAGUGCAGUGUUGGAGCUUACGACGACUGCGUCCCGGCCAAAAAGUAUGAGGGGAUGGUCGGUAUGGUGAAGGAUGUGUCGGGCAAGCACAAGGUAACCCGGACGUCUUGUGGUGUAGGGGAUUGAGGGGUGUCCGUGUUGCACGUCAUGUGCUGAUUGACGCCUUUUUCUCUUCGAUGUUCUUCUGUUUUUUUGGGUAAUUUUGUUGCAGUAUUUGUACUUUUUUUGUUGCUGUGUGCUGUUUGUUGCAUGUUGCUGUAUUCACGUGCAGCAGCAGGUCGUCUCCCUUGCGGUUUGGGAUACCAAAAAAGGGUCUCCAGCAGGAGAAAACAAUAUUUGCAGGCGCUGGUGGCUAAUAUUUUCACGGUUUGUCGCCCAAAUAGGCUGUCUUUUUCCAUAUA